UUUGAAGCUCCGAAGACGCCUCCACAUCUUCUGUUAUCCAGAAUCAGAAGGGGGGUUGACAGCAAUGACGCUCCAUGCUUUCCGACCAUUGGCCGCGCUAUCCCCUUUGCAAACACCCACCAGACCCAUCUUCUUGAACACCGAUCUUCUGCUUCCGAACCCCCCUUUCCUUCCUCAUCGAUCUCGGCCCAUCGGAAUCACUGUCCUCUCGGAGCCGCGGCGGGGGCUGAUGCCGGUGGUCCGCGUCGUUGAGGAGAGCCAAGAGAGUUCCGAGCCUGAACCCUCCAGUGCCAGUCAAACCCUACCGGAAUCAGCGGAGCAAAAACCACCAACAUCUCAGCCCGACCCUGCUGAUAAGAACGUCGAACUAUCCGAGUUGGCGUCGGAACUGAAGAAGGCAAUGCAAGAUAGGAAGGAGAAGGAAGGGGAAAACUUGUGGAGUGGAGUGGCAGAAGAGAUUAGGGAGAUUGAGUGGCCGGCGUUUGGCAAGGUCUUGGGCACCACCGGUGUUGUGCUCGGCGUCAUCUUGGGGUCGAGUGUCGUUUUGCUCACGGUGAAUGCCAUCUUGGCGGAGCUUUCUGAUCGUGUGUUUGCAGGCAGAGGAGUUCAGGAUUUCUUCAGCUGAACAAGAGGUGGUGGAUUGGCGAUCCAAUUAUGAAGAGGUUCAGUUCAUUCAAAAAUCACCAAGGGGAGUGAAGGAGUAGGAGGAGAAAGAUCAUUUGCCGGCUGGAUAUCCCGGUAACUAUCCCGCUAAGCUGAAGUUUAUAUUGUUAAUUGUAUUUGUGAACCUUCAAUAGUUUAGUGAGCCGAGAGGUGACGAGUCAUAUGAUUCAUUUGUGGCGCGAUUUGGAGCGAGCUGUCCAAUCAAACAAAAGUAGAGUAGUCUAUAUUGAUUAUAUUUUGAUUGACUGUAAUUAUAUCCCUUUAAAUAUUCAAGUUUAAGCAGAAAGUAGAGAUCUUGAUUCCUGGAUAUCGAUAAAGAAGAUUUUGAUGGUA